UUCGUUUAUUUGCGCUGCCGUUCGGAAAGAUUCGGUGACCUUCGGCAGGCUACGGCUGUUCUCGGCAGCACUCGUAACCGGCAUCCUCGAGGAGGCGACGCACGACAGAUGCCUCGAGGAUCAGUGACAGAAUGUUAUGUCGAAAUCAGGUGAAAUUUAGUUGAUUCGUGUGUGAUUGUGUGAAAAAGCUCGGACAUAUAUCAUGCCGAUCACGUGCCUACAUAUUCUUAGUAAAAUCGGAUAAGUGUACUUCAUUGCAAAACAGGAGAAUUUAAGAUGGAAACCGAGGUGCGGACGCUCAAGCAAGAGCUGGUUCGUACCCAAGAGGCCUUGAAGGCGGCCACAAAGAAAUGCCGUGAUCUGGUGAAAGAGCUGGACAAUCGCACCACGAGUCACGAGUCCGAGAGGAGUCUUCGAGAUCAACAGUUAUCGCGUAUACUUCGCGCUCUGCUGGUGCUCGAGGCCCGGCUCAAGCAGGAGCAGAAAUCAAUCAGGCAGCUGCUCUGCGAGAAGGACAACGUGAUCAGGAACCAGCAGCUCGAAAUCGCGAGGCUCAGGCGUUACACCAAGAAUUAUAUCAAAUGUAAACGCGAACAGACGCUUGGUAAAUCGUCGAUGAAGGUCGAAACGGCGGCCGAUAUCGAGAACAACGAUCUUCAAACGUCCAACGUCGAUGUUAGCUCGAGGCAGGAUUGCAGUAUUAGUAAAGACAUUCAGAAUUUGAAAUGCGAGAUAAUCACAAAACUGAAUCCGUUAGAAGUACCUGUUGCGCUCGAAGACUUGGACAGAGGGGUGAAGAAAACGCACAGCUUUGCCGGGAGCGACAUCUCGAAAACGAGUCUGACGAGCAGCGAGAAUACGGAUGUGUCGAUUAUCACGACCACCACGGAGGGCAGUCCCUCGUUGCUCAGCACCGAAGGUUUUUGCGAAGGUGAGAGCACCGAUGUGUCGCCCAGUUCCACGUUGAAUAAAUCCAAUAGGUGUACGCCGACAAUGGUUACCGACAGCGAGAACGAGACUACGAUGAUCUACGACGACGACGACGACGACGAGGAAGAGAAGACGACCAUGAUCAUGGAGAACGGUUGUAAAUUAUCGAAGAAAAAGAUGGGGUUAGGCAGGUUGAGAACGCAGAAAGCGUUGAAGGAAAUGGAUGUGAUCGAAUCGACGAAUAUCGCGAGGACAGAGAGUAAGGACGAUGGGAUGGAUUGUAAUUUUGCCUCGGGAGAUGAACAGGAGAAGGAACAGGAACCUAUUUACGUAAAUUCUUUCAAUGAGACAAAUUCGAGAAAUCAUGCGGAAAAUAUAAUUACGCCGAAGGUGAACGAGGAUUAUAGUAAUAAUAAUGGCAAUAGCAAUAAUAAUAAUAGUAUAUCCCUGAAAAUGGAAAUCGAAGAGCAUAACGUAGAAGAUACCAGCGGGAACUGGUAUAGCGAUCCUGACGAAGACAAAAUGAACGAUGAUGUUUUCAGACAUAGCAUGUAUCGACCGAAUAGCAAUCAUAAUUCUGUUUUGGAAUGCGUUAAUCAGAUCCUCCUGCGAGAUAUGGAGGAUGAAGAAAACAUUCUUUCAAUGUCCAGAAGAUUUAAACAUCGAGGGAGAAUUGUACGGUUUCAACCGGCUAAAUUAUCGGACAUCGAGUCGGUAGGAUCUGAAAUGGAAAGGAAAAAUUCCGAAGAAGGUAUUAUAGAAAAAGAAUCGGCUGAUAGCGAGUUCACCGAUGUUCCUACCAACAGUUUCGAACCUACUGCUACGGAAGACGAGUUUGGCAUGAGUCUUACUCAAAGCGUUUCAACUUCAAACGUUACGACUACAAUCACGAAUCACGAGUCGAGUCUUGAGGAAGAAUCGGAGGAAGCAAAAGCUAUUCCAAUUGUCAUUAUAGAGCCAAAGAUCAAGAUGGAAGAAACGAGACACGCAGCUUUCCAAUCUUCGCAAGUAUCGCAAAAGAUUAAAACAUCCGUAAAUGCCUCGAAUCCACCUUUAAAAUUGGAACGAAUCGAGGAGAAGACUUGUUUACAGAUGUCUACAAAGGGACUGACUAUAGCAAAAAAUUUAGAUUACGAGGAUAUCGAAUCGCUUCCGGAAAUUAUAUCACCACCUCCUAAAACACCGCCUGCCUUGCCUCCAAAACCACAGUUUAAAAAUAACACGUUGAUCUUAAAAAAAAUUCCUAGUCCUUCGUUUCUGAUCGAUGAGACACGAAAAAAGCAGCAACUUCUUGAAUCCGGUUCGUCUGAACACAGCAAGAAGAUAUUUGGUUUUAUAUCCUCUCCUUUAAAAUCUACAGGAAUUAAUGUGUCGUCUGCGAGAAGCUUAAAUUUCGAUGAUACGAUUAAUAAAGGUACAGGAAACAACGAAGAAGGGAACUUCUGGAAGAACAGAUUCAAUAAUGUUCGAUCUUCCUUUCAAACACGUCAGAAUCACGAAAUUAGUGGAGAACAAAUGCGAAAAAUACCCAAAGUCACCAACAUUGUUCGUCAUUUUGAAGAAUUCAAAAUUGGCGGUGAAUCGGAAGAUCAAGCAAAAAAACGCACGAAAACGAAGGAAAAACACGUCCAUUCAGAAUUCGAUCAAGAGUUCGAUAUCAGACAAAAUUUUGAGGAAUUCAAUUUGGAUGAAUGUGAUCUAUCGGAUGAUCCAGAUAGACCGGAAGGCGAUGGAUCGGAAAAGCUUGGCAAUCUUGGGGUAACAAUUAGUCAGAAUGAGAAAACUGCUGCAACCAAAGACAAUAAUAAUGUUCCUCUCGCUGCGAGCAAUUCGAAUAGCGGUUACGAUCACUUUCUAGAAGCAACAGGUCUUAGCAACAAAUCCAUACUGACUCCCUCAAGGUUAUUAAGUAACCAUAAAAGCAUGCUAAAGCCGAAAGAUGUAAAGUAUAAAAAUAAAAUCAAAGCAACAGCGGUUAUGGAAAAACAUGGUGUUUCCACAACGAAUACUACUCAUGUUAGACAUUGGACAGGCCCAUUUGUCUGACGAUUGGCACAAGUUUUUCCAAGAAAUCUAUUCCGACAAGAAACACCCGAUGAAAAAAGAUAAAUUAGACAAAUAUGAUCUAUAUUAACGAAAGUUGAAAAAAACCGUGGUUCAAACAAAAUUCUUCUAUGUACAUGAAAUAUAUAAUUUUGUGUAAAUUA